GGUGAGCCACUGCCGGGAUAAGGCAGUUCGCUCCGAGUUCCCGAAUCACGAUGAACGCUAAGGUCUUCUUCCUUCUGGGUCUGGUGGCUGUCGCAGCCGGUGACAAGCGCCCUCCUGCAUACUCCUACAAUGCCCCGGCCUCCUUCGAAGGCUCCGACGAGUCCACCGAAGCCAAGUACGACUUCAACUGGGCCGUGAAGGACGAGUACUCCGGCAACGACUUCGGCCACCAGGAGUCCCGCGACGGCGACAACACCCAGGGAUCCUACUACGUCCAGCUCCCCGACGGCCGCCUGCAGAAGGUGACCUACUUCGUCGACGGUGACUCCGGCUACGUGGCUGAGGUGUCCUACGAGGGAGAGGCUCGCUACCCAGACUCAGUCGAGUCCAGGGAAUACUCAGCCCCAAGACCUACUUACUCAGCACCCAGACCCACUUACUCAGCCCCCAGACCCACUUACUCAGCCCCUGAUUCCGAGGAAUCCGUGGAGGUGCCUGUCUACAGCCCACCAAGACGUACCUAUGGGUUCCCUCAGUAAUAAAUCUUCGCCUGUGAUACUCUGCAACAAUCUUUCUACUCGUAUUUAAUUUUUCGCUAUGUAAAGAUUGUAUUUAUGGAAUAAUAAAAGGACUGAAGCAUAA